AUGGUGGAACCCCUGCUAGCACCACCCAUCGCUGCAGUUUGUGAUGGUCCCACUUUGGCCCCAAUUGCUGUCUCCACUGCGCCGUUUCGAUUCCCUACUAACUUCCAAGCUGGUCCACCAGAAAUUGAUCACAUACCAGGUUGCAUGUUUUGCUCAUCGCAAUUAUCCACAAUUCAUUCAUUGAAACAUCCUGUUCUCAAUUUCGCAUCAAUAUCCACUAUCAUCUAUUCGAUUGGGCAAGUGGCGGAUAACCUCACAAGGACAAAUAUUUUGGAUAUGUGCUCUGAUUAUUGUGAAGCAAGUACCGGCGGCGGACUCGGUGGAAGUGUAAAAUCAUACAAUAUGUCGUGA